AUGGAAGAAGGAUGCACCGCACAACCGGUAUUUAUAGCAGGCAGCAAAGAAACAGAGCACAAAUUGAAACCAACGACCGCACACGUUGCAGAAACACCCAGAAGGCUGUACAAAAGCGGCAACCGACUGCAUGGGAAAACUAGAAGGCACGGGCGGCAGCCGACUCCAACAAGGCGGACGUGGCAGAGAAAAAGCAGGAGCAGGAAGGAAGAAGCAGCAUUCGAGUCGCCCACAACGAAGCAAUUCCGCGGCGGCAGCAACCCCGAGGACAGACAUGCAAAUAAGAACAAACACAUAAGACAUGCAUAUUGGAAGAGAACAGACAUGCAGAACCAACCAUCCAAAACUAUCCGCCGCCUCCCUCCCGCACUCGCGCCUCCUCCGCCCUCCCAGCUCGCCGCCGCCUCCCCUUCCCUCCCGCGCGCCUCCUCUCCCCUCCCCUCCCGCCUCCUCUCCUCCCACCCACAUCGCCGCCGCCGCCACCCACCGCCUCGAACCGCGCCGGAGCAGCAGCAGCAGGACAAGGCGACGCAACAGCAGGCCUUGGGCGACGAGCAGCAGCGGAGGGAGGACGAGGAGCACGACGGCGGCGGCGGCAGGGAGCGGCAGCAGCAGGCCAAGGCGGCGCUGCCCUUCUCCGCCAUGUGCGUGCGGAUCUCCCGCGACUCCUACCCCAACCUCCACGCCCUCCACAACGCCUCCAACGACAGCCUCACCAACGCCGCCUACAUCAAGAUCUCCGAGGGCGACUUCGGAUACGUCCUCGACGACGUGCCCCACCUCGCCGACUACCUCCCCAAGGACGGCCUGCCGUCAAGUUGGACAGCAGAAUCGUAGAACUC